CAGGUUGAAGCUUGUGCAUCUACAACCAUGCUUUGGCAACAAUAGGAGCAGGACUAUAAAUGCUUUAUCAAUGGGUUGCUAUUAUACAGUCUGCUAUCCUGAAAGUUAUCGUCAUAAAGUAUUAAACUUAUGGUCCACAUGCCCCCUUUUUAGAUUUCAUCACCCGCCCUUCCAAAGGUCUCUUUAAAUAUAGACUGUUGAGCAUUUACCUGAUUCUCUCUGUCUGUUCUGUGGGUUUGUUUAGACUCAGUCUGGUAUUUUCUUUGAGCACGGACGGCCCAAUUCCACCUUUGUGGAACUUUUGACUGCCUUUUUCCUAGGUUCUUCUGUUGGAUUGAGUAGCCACAACUCAGCUCAAAGGUUGAGUUCACUAUGGAGAUGACAAGGAGUCUCCUGGAGUCACUGACCGAUAUAGGUGGAGGCGAGGUGGGUGUCAGUCAAAACUUCAUGGAGCUCAAAGAAAUGAAAAUUAGCCUGGAGGUGCUUAUGGGGCCAAGAACUUCCUUAUCUCCAGUGAAGGAGUUGGACUCUGGAUUUGCCUCCUCACUGGAUUCCAGAGAAGAGCUGAUUGUUGUGGACGUGGAUGUGUUCAGCUACGCUAACCAGCUCAGGAAAAGGGAGCUCGACGAAGCCCUCAAAGGCCAUGUUAGAAUGCAUUCUCAGAAGACCGGUGAAAGCGUCACCAUAACUUUAUCUGGAAAGAACUCCAGGGAGGUAGGAAGUAAACUCAAGCACUUCCUGGCUGAUCUAAACAAGUACCUGCGCACACAGGACAUUCUUGUGAGCGACCUAAGUCCAAAGGGGAUGGAUCUGUUAAUGAAAAUUGAGAAAAGCGGAAACAUUUCCGGCUCAAACCUGGUGUGCUUCAUGGGUGACAGGGUUCACAUCAUCGGCCCGUCGAAGGAGAGUUUUGAGCUGAAGCAGGAGCUGCUGGUCGGCCACAGAGAGCCCAGGGGAAAGCCUUCGGAAACAGACUGGAGAAAGAGAAGAAGUCUGUCUUCGCAAGAGCUCCCCAGAAUAAAUCCCAAAAAGAAUUUUCAAGAAGUCUCCGCUCCUCCUGCAGAUAAAGCAUCAGGAUUCUCCUCAUCAUUCAGAGUUCCUGCUGAUCACCACCACAGUGGAAAUUCUUUUGAAAGAGAUGGGAGAAAGAGGAGAAGUCUGUCUUCGCAAGAGCUCCCCAGAAUAAAUCGCCAAAAGAAUUUUCAAGAAGUCUCAGCUCCUCCUGCAGAUAAAGCAUCAGGAUUCUCCUCAUCACCUAGAGUUCCUGCUGAUCACCACCACAGCGGAAAGUCUUCUGAAAGAGACGGGAGAAAGAGGAGAAGUCUGUCUCUGCAAGAGCGCCUGGGAAAAAAUCCCCAAAAUAAUUUUCUAGAAGUCUCCGCUCCUCCUGUAGAUAAAGCAUCAGGAUUCUCCUCAUCACCCAGAGUUCUUGCUUAUCGCCACCACAGCGGAAAGUCUUCUAAAAGAGACGGGAGGAAGAAGGGGAGUCUGUCUAUGUGCCUGCCCUUCAAAAAGAAGUCCAGAAAAGAUGUUCGAGAAGUCUUCUUACCCCCUGGAGAUAAAGCAGGAGGAUUCUCCUCAUCACACAAAGUUCCUGCUGAUCGCCGCCACAGCGGGUCUCAAAGGGUACGGAGAUCCUCCGACACUCAAGAAAGAACAAAGGCUGAAAUAUUUGAAGAACCAAAAGAGGAAGUCGCUCCCCCAAAACAAAGAAAGAGUUUUAUGCAUCGAAUUCGUUCAAUUUUAAAAAAAUCUAAGCGAACUAAAUGAAUAAUCAGUUAAAGUAUCUCAUCGUAAUUAAUUAACUGUCAGAUCAUUACUGAUCUGGGGUUAAAUUGGAAUUUACAGUAAAGACAGAAUGUGACGACAAGUCAUAAAUUAGAUUACGAAUAAAUUUAAAUUAGAUCAAAUGUGUGUAGGUUAUAUUCUCUAACCCAAGAAAAUGUAGGCUUCUUCUUUUCCUAAGGUGGUUGUAGAAGUUUCUGGACUCCAGCUCGGUGCCUGACCAAUGGAAUGAAUCCGCCAUAGUUCCAGUACCUUAAGUAACAAAACUAAAGGACGGAAUGACUGACAGCUCUGUGUUUAAACACCGCUGGCUGAGCCGACAGGUUUCACUGGAAGAGACUAUGAAGCCCUAAAAUGUGUUUACAUGCGUCCGGGCUAGCUUAGCUAGCCUGGAGAUGCUCUGUAUUCUCCUGACAAAUUUGGAAAAGGUAACUGGGAAAAAGGAUGUUUGGCAAUCCUUUCUCAGAGAACUUCUCCAUCCGACUUGGAAAAACCAUAAAUGACGGAUAGAGGGAAAUUAUGAUUUGCGGUGUUCCUCUGGGCUCAUUCUUGGAACCAUUUGUUUUUGUUCUUCCCUUUACCAAGGGAUUUUCUCUUUUUUUUAGGUGAUAAUACUCAAGUAUUUGGAAAUGAUUCACCGACUACCACACGUCUGCACCAUACCAUACUUUAGCACCAUCAUUUUUGCACUAUAGGCUGCAAAUAAUUAUAUGGCGUAUCGUUAAUAACUAGUCUAUUUCCAAACUUAUGUCAGAUAUGAGGUACACGGAACCAUAGGAUGCAUAAAGCAAGUAAACAGAAAAAGUAAGAGAUGAAUCCUUUAGACAGAUUUUAUUAAUUGUGUUCUUAGUAACACCAUAACUUUUUGUAACAUGCUAAACGUUAGUCACGUUAGCAUAAUAACGAAACCUGUAACACCAAACCUGUUUUGGAACACAUAAAAAACCCCACAGUAAUACUACUAAAACAAACUUUUCUGUUGACUAUGCCAACUCCUAACAAUGUUAGCAACACGUAAACAAAACACAGUCCGACUCUGCUACAUGUUAGCAGAUUUGCGAUAUCACAUCGCGCGGUUCCAUCCAGAGGAGGAGGGUAGAAGCUGCUACCAGCAUGGAUAGCUUUAACAAGUUCUGAUGCGAGCACUUUUAACGGUCGAAAAACCGCAUUAAUAUUCCAAAGAAACUUCCACCGACGUUGGAAAUUCAAAGCGAAUAACAAAGUCAAUCUGAGUUUUUAUAGUAAAGAAUAUGAGACUGUAUUCUAUGGGGGAGAACGAGGGCUGAAUAACACCGAUCUAGAAUAUGUUCAGCUGGUAUUUAAACACUAUUUUGUUUGACGUGAGUUAAAAUGUUCCAUAAAAACUGAGCUAAUGUUAAAAAAAUAAUAUUGUAAAUUUAGGUUGAGUUCAGGGAUUUUUUUUCCCAAUUUUGAUGCUGUGGAAGAUUUUUCUUGAUCAAAGGAAAUAUUUAUUGUGUCAUAUAAUAUAACAUAAAAAAUAGAUUUUAUUUUGCUCUUAAUUAAAGUUAGACAAUUACACUGAUCUUGUCUUUACUAAAAAUGCACUUUGGUGGAGAAGAGUCAGUCCUAUUGGUCUUGUGGUAAAUAGACAACAUGUAGAAAUAUUUGUGUCAUAAUUGAAAUGUGAGGUAACUCAAGAUUUCCACCUCUAUGUUCAAACCAAUCUGUGUUUUUUUCAUGUUUAGUUUCAUUAUUUUGUUCUUCUUUUCUUUUAGUGCGGUAGUUCUUUAAAAAUGGUUCUUCAAUCACAAACUUUAUCCUUAUUUUUGCUAAAACACUAAAAGGUUGAUGUUUCUUAAAAAACAAAAGCCUGAUAUGAAGAAAUCACAAUAAUUAUGUUGACACAAAAUGGUCCUGAUUGUUUUAUUUAUUUAUGUUUUUAUUUGAUACACAGAACAAGCACUAUGUGAAAUUGAAAAUAAAUAAAUCUGCUAAAUCA